CGUCAGGCGUAUCCAAGAUGGCGGCGCCGGUACCGAGGUUGUUGCUGGGCGCGCUGUCAUGGAGGACGGUGGCGAUGAGGGUGUCCGGGGGGCGGAGGUUGGCGUCGAACGCGGCCGUCUCGCCGUGGGUUUUGCACGGGGCGGUGUGCCUGAAGAGGCCGGCUGUGCUGACACCGAGGAAGACCGAAAUGCAGCAGGAGGUGACCGAUUUACUGCAGCAGAUUGAGCUGGAGAAAAGUUUGUACUCGGAUCACGAGAUUAAGCUCAUAGAAGAUGCAAUAAACCUGCAGAGAAAACAUUCUGGUCAAUAUGAUGAUGACUUUGAUGCUGAUAGCAAGGAUAUUGUGCUGGCACAAGACCUGGAAGACUCAUGGGAGCAGAAGUGGAAGAAGUUUAUUCCUGCUUCCAGAAUAACAGAAGCUGAUGAGAAAAGUGACAAGUCAUCAUUAAACAGGAAGCUAGAAAACUCUCUGGUUCUGCUGGUUAAGGAAAGGCUUGGAAAUGAAGAUCUAUGGAUGUUCCCUCAGAUGGCCUGGCAGGCUGGAGAAACCAUGAGACAGACAGCAGAGCGAGCUCUGUCUACAUUGUCAGGUAAUCGCACCGAGGCAAACUUCUUAGGAAACGCUCCCUGUGGCUUUUACAAGUACAAGUUUCCCAAGACAAUGCGGACAGAAGAUACAGUUGGAGCCAAAGUAUUUUUCUUCAAAGCAAUGCUAAAGAGCCAGGAACUACAGACUUCAAAGCAAGAAGGGGAAUACGUCUGGGUUAGCAAAGAGGAACUGAGAGACUAUUUAAAACCAGCAUAUCUAUCUGCCGUGGAAGAGUUUGUCAUAGAAAUAUAAUCAAUGUUCAGCCAUAUUUAAAUUUAAUAAAGAGAUCCUUUUUUUUUUUA